UCAUUGAUUUAUUGAGCCACCUUUGACACCUUAUGGGUGCAUCAACUGUUAUCUCUCCCAAGAUCAAUCCGUUAUGACAAACAGUUACGCAACAGAUUUGACCUUAUUGAUUAUUUGGCAUGUGUAGUCAUGCGGUUCAACAUUGCCAGUGUUCGCGCAAAAUAGAAGAAGACUACACAUCCCGACAGACGGAGAGACUCGUGCUCCACUAGUUACACAUUGAAUGUAGUUCGUUCUACUUGAAAAGCCGUUCAUGAUUUAGUUCAUUAAUAAAUAAAUAGUUCGGUGUCAUGGCGGAAUCCGCACCAUGUCCAGCCUUCCAGCUCGGAAGACCCCGAUACGAGCAGGGUUCAUUCCUCGGUCGACUGAGACACUUCAUAGACAUCAUUGACCCCAGCACUCUGUUUGUGUCCGAGAAACGAUUGAAAGAAUGCAUGAAACUUCUUGAUGACUACAAAAAUGGCGAGCUUCCACCUGGAGUGUCUGAUCUUCAGCUUUGGGAAGCCCAGAAAAUCAAGCAGGCCAUCAUUCAUCCUGACACAGGAGAGAAGAUCUUCAUGCCAUUUCGAAUGUCAGGUUAUGUCCCGUUUGGAACGCCGAUUGUCAUUGGCCUUCUUCUCCCAAAUCAGACUGUGGUGUCUACCAUUAUAUGGCAGUGGCUGAACCAGAGUCACAAUGCCUGUGUGAACUAUGCCAACCGCAACGCCACCAAGCCUACGCCAACAUCCAAGUUUCUUCAAGGCUAUGUAGGAGCUGUGACCAGUGCUGUUUCUAUCGCAGUGGGGCUGAAUGUGUUGAUUCAGAAGGCUAACAAGCUGAGUCCUGCCACCAGAAUGAUAAUACAGAGACUCGUCCCCUUCCCAGCUGUAGCUAGUGCAAACAUCUGUAAUGUGGGCCUGAUGAGACACAAUGAGCUGUCUGAGGGGAUUGAUGUCCUGGACAGCAACGGGAAUGUGGUGGGUUCCUCCAAAAUUGCUGCAAGACAUGCAAUCAUGGAGACUGCCUUCACACGUGUGGUCCUUCCAAUGCCGAUUUUUGUCCUCCCCCCCAUCAUCAUGUCCUACCUAGAGAGGCUGCGAUUCAUGCAGAGCAACCGCAGAUUGUUGCUGCCCAUCCACAGUCUGGUGUGCCUCGUUACCUUUGGCCUCUCCCUGCCUGUGGCCAUCAGCCUGUUCCCCCAGAUGUCUCAGAUUGAGGUGUCUUGCCUAGAGCCGGAGAUCACCAUGGCAACAGAUUGCAAGGUGGUGACCUACAACAAGGGUUUGUGAUGAAUGCGGUGGUGUGAGAGAGGAGAGCAGAGGACAGGAACAAGGAUGGAAAUGAGGCUACAUUACAUAUAGCUGUCAGGGAGAACCUACUGUGGGGGUCUUUCUGCCGUAGUAUCACAGCAGAGCCUGUAGACUUUCACCUACUAACACAGGUAUUUUUUUAUUUUUUAUUUUAUGGUUCUCAAGAUCCAUCAAGGUUUGACAGUAGGACAGAUUGUUUUUCUGUCCUCACUGUUUUCAAGAGCGAAGAGAAGCUCUGUAUAAAGAAAUUAUGAUAUAUUUACUGUGACAUCUUUUUUGUUUUAGCAUCAAUGAAAUUAUUUUAAUAAAUACAAAACAGUGUUUCCCACAUGCUAUACAGUACUUUUUUUCCCACUCAAGUUUUGGCUGCUUUUUUACCCAAUGACAAAAACAGUUCCACCUCGCAAUAACUGACUUUUUCUGGCUCUCUUGCUGCUAAAUGCUCCACUGGGUUCAGCUAGUAGUCUCUGUGGAUGUGAUCAGGUAGUGCACAAUGUUUUUUUUAAAUAGCUUUUUUUUGCUGAAAACUGCUGCCUGUUUGGCCUUGCUGAUGAGAACUCUGACAGUGAAUCAACAUGGUAAAAUGGCAGCUAGAUAACAAAAUCAGUAAGGUAAGAGAAAAUGAGGGUGGCUAAGAACAUAAUUUUAUCUAGCUUAAAUGUUAAUCGUGUUGAGUAUCCCACAGAUUAAUCUUGCUACCCCAUUGCCAAAAAUUGACAAUUCUGCAGCCCUUUCUGAGUUUAAUUCACUACCAAGACUGACAUUCUGAGGCUGAUGACAGAUAACGAAACACAAGCCAACAUUAAUUUCCUUACAUAAACUAUAAUAAAUCAUUUUUAAUGAGGGUAUGUACUGAGCCAUUUUGCAGUUAAACAAAAAAACUCACCAGUGCCCCCUGCUGGACAAACUAGAGAGAAAACAUAAUGGAGACCAUCCCCUCUUCUACGUUUGGACAUCCUCAAUUCCUUUCCUCGGCUCCUCUCCUCACGUUUUAGUCUCUCCCACCUGAGAUGCGAGUAGAAGAAGCAGAAGAGUCAAGGCCACAGGCAUUUAACAAUAUUAGACAUCCGUGCCUCAGAGCCGUCAUUUAAAUCAUGGUGAGUGGCACAGCUGCCAUGGUUUGUAUACCCCAGCUGUGUCAUGUCUCUUUUAUGCGUCACGGUGCCAAAAAUACUUCCACAAAGGAUACACCCGUGCAUCCUCGCUCAAGCUUAUCUGGCAAGACUCCUCUUUCCUCAAGAUGCAUUUUAGUAAUUGAGAAAUCCAUUAAGAUGGUGCACUGAGAUCGAUUUCUGAGUCACAGGCCCGAAGACGGAAGAGACGAGGAAACAAAAUAGAGAAAUGAAAUGUGAAAUGUGCAUUAAAUUAUGUUUACUUUUUGAACUGCCAUUGAAGGUGAUUGAAGGUUGUCAAUAUACGCUGAUCCUGAUUUAUCUGCAAUGAGCUAAUAUUGGCUGAUACAUAUCGGCACAACCGAUUUAUCAUUCAGGCUCUAGUUUGCUAUAUUAUUGUGAUGGAGACAGUUGACAGAAGGAGCUUUGUGGGAAGGCUUCUUGCAAAGUUUUGACCUGUGGGAAACACUGCAAUAGAUAUCAAAAUAAAAGUGUUAGAAAUCUUUAGGGAACAAGUGUAUUUAUCAUGUGAAGGUAGAGAAACUCUGCACUAACCAGGCUGUAGUGCUGAUAUAUUCUGUGUACUGAAGGAAUGACACAGGACUGGAUCACUACAUGAAGCCACUCUGUCAGCGGCUGUACUGUACAUGCAUAUGGAAAAAUGUGGAGACUGUUACUCUAGAUGUUUAUUAGUUUACAUGCUGUUUAUCACAUGCUGGGAAUUGUAACCCCAGUGUGAAACAACCUACAGAAGCCAGGGCAUUUGGUUUUCUACAAUAGCCAAACACUUUACACUGACUUAUUUUCCUAACAUUUUACUCCACUCCUGAUUGUUUCUUAAACCACCACAGUAUUCCUAGAAUUCUUUUGUACAAUAUUUAAACCAUAAAAGUACAAGCAAUAUAUUAUAUUGAGUACGAACUAGUAUUUUUAAUCUUUUUUAUAAUGUCUACUACAAGUUUAUUAAAUGUUUGCAAGUCAAACAAUGUAAAACAAACAUUUUUAUAUAUGUACUAUCUAAAAAUAAUAUAUAAUAAAUACUCUCUCCAUUUA